CUCUGGUUUUACUUCCUUCGGAGUAGCGGAUAAGAGAGAGAGCGAGAGGGAGAGGAGAGAGAAUGGCGUUGUCAUGGCACUCUACUUCGUGGCUUCAAAGGAGCUUGAGUGGUGGAAAUUGCUCUCAGAAGACGGAAGAGAAGAGGAGCACGAAUGGUUCCACGAUGUUGGUGGUGGCUCAAAAGAAGGCAAAGAAAACGCGUAAGGUAAUUUUGAAGGAAGACGUGCCUCAGGUGGGAAAGAAGGGAGACUUGCUCGAAGUCAAAGCUGGUUACUUCAGAAAUUACUUGCAUCCAUUGGGAAUGGCACAAAUUAUGACACCCAUUUUGCUCAAGGAGAUGAGACUAGAGGAGGAGAGAAUUGAAGCAGAGAAACAGCGGGUCAAAGAAGAAGCAGAACAACUUGCACGAGUUUUUGAAACGGUUGGAGCCUUCAAAGUAAAGCGAAAAGGUGGAAAAGGAAAGCAAAUUUUUGGCUCAGUCACUGCGCAAGACCUUGUAGACAUAAUCAAAGCACAAUUGCAGAGGGAUAUUGAUAAGCGAAUUGUCACAAUGCCUGAGAUUCGUGAAGUAGGAGAAUACAUUGCAGAGCUUAAGCUUCAUCCUGAAGUCACUGCUCGGUUAAGGGUGAAUGUGUUUGCCAACUAGCAAAUACUGAGUUGGUCAGGAGCUUCAGGACCAGAUGAGCUACUUGAAGCAGGAAGCUUGUCACAAUCUCAACCAACUUCCUAUGAAGGCAUCGGCGUUAAAGAGGCAGAGGCCACACAAACAUUUGGACGUGGUUAUGUCAAAACAAUUUUUUUUUGCUUUAUGAAGGUACACGCUGCUCACUGAAAAAAAGAGUAACUGAGAUGAGCAUGACCCAUCGUCUUUUGUCCUCUCUUAUGUGGGUCAUCUUACUGUAUCUUCGUCCUUUCUUACCAGAAUAGAACCAACUCCUGUCUUAGAUUUUUUUCAAUUCCCUGGUGUUCUUUGGUAUAAAUAUGUGAGUAAUUAACCUUCUGUCUUGCUUUGAAUUAA